AUGCAGACAUCUCAAGUUGCUCUGGUAACCGGUGGUGGUGAGUACGCCCUGAUAGCUGCUCUUUGGGAGGGUAGCUGUCGCGAAAGCACUCACUCACAAUGUAAAUUGUUGUUAGCCUCUGGAAUGGGCCUUGCAGUUGUCGAGAGCCUUGUUGAGCGAGGAUGGAGUAUUACCCUUGUGGACAAGGAUCGCAAUGCCGGAGAACGGACGGCGAAAAGAUUAGGUGCUCGGGUCAUGUUCGUUGAAACAGAUGUGACCAAUUAUGAAGAGCAAGCCGAUGCAUUUGCAGCUACUUGGAGGCGCUGGAACAGACUUGACCUUGUGUUUGCCAACGCUGGAGUCUCUGACCGGACGGAUAUCGUCGAACCGGCAGAGGAACAGGAAAAUGGUGCACCUCAGAGGCCUGAUACGUCGGUCUUGGACGUCUGCCUGCUGGGAGUUGUGUACACGAGCUAUCUAGCUCUUCACUUCUUUCGGAAAAACGAGUCGAAGGGAGGAAGCCUAGUGAUGACUAGCAGUAUUGCUGGCAUCUACCCAGCUCCAGGUGUUUCUGUGUACGGAGCGGCAAAACAUGGUGUUAUCGGGCUAACCCGGUCACUGGCAUACAGACUCCAAAAGCGCUGCGAGCGGAUUACAGUCAAUGCCAUUUGCCCAGCUUUCGUAGCCACGGGAUUGGUGAACCCAGAUUUAGUCAAGAGGGUACCGGAAAAGUACAUUACUCCUGCCGCAACGAUUGUCAGGGCGGUCCAUGGAUUCGUUGAAGAUCGCGACCUCAAUGGAGAGGUUGCCGAAUGCAGUGGCAGUGAGAUCUUUUAUCGACCGGGUCUCUCUUUUAGCAAUGAAGGAUCCGAGUGGUUGAUGACGGGUGGUCUGAAGUCUUUACUGGGCCCAGGAGAGGAGCAAGCUGUCAGAAAUGAACCUGUGGCGCCACGUACCCUCUUCACAGAGACUCAACAGGCGAAGGGAUCUCUGAAGGGAGACAAUGACGCACUAAGGGAGGAGAUACGGAGGCUUCGUCAGGACGUCGACCUUCUCUCCAAAGCUAACAAUGCAAAAGAGCCAUUGCGGCACCAUCAAUCCGAUCGCCGGAUGGACAGUACUCAACAACAUUCUGAAUAUCUCUAUCCGAUGGAAGGCCAAACAACCUUACCCCUUGAGGAGGACGAACACACACCACGCUCGUCUUACACAGACACAUUCAAUCCCUCGAACCUGUGGGCGAGUCCAGAUGCUAUAGCGAAUAAGAUCAGCGCGAUAAGAGGCACUAUCCUCCCCGAUUCCCUCGUGAGGGACUCCAUCUUUCUGAGCAGCAAUAAGAAGUUUCCUCUGACGCUCCCGCCGCCAGCGCACUUACGGCAUCAAAUUGAUCUUUUUCUACGUGAAUUUGGCGACUGGACCCCCUACUUUCGCCACUCUAGUCUCAAGAAACAAAUCGCCAUUGCCCUGCAUUCGGUUUCAUACGGCGAGCGACGAGUCACGAUACACAUUCCCUGGCAACACUGUACCACAUUUGCUAUUCUUUGCACGAUACUUUCCAAUGCUGAGAUUGUAGUGUCUAACAACAGCACUAUGGAUUCAAACACCGGCCAACACUGGUUCUCACAGGGUAAAGAACUCAUGGAGACAUUCGAAGACAUAAUUGGAGACUCUCUUGGGGUUGUCGUAUAUCAUAUGCUGGCUGCUGGCAGGAUGAUGGAAGCUGAGAGACUACGCACGGCUGCUAUCCACAUUCUCCGAGCUUUGCAAGGGGCACUAAGUAUUGGUCUGAACGACAAGAACCGCUGGAAACAAGAGCCCGACGACAUUGUUUCGAAGAGGUGUGUAUGGUGGGUCCUGUACUUUCUGGAGAAGCGAAUACAUUACAAAUGUGGCGUUCCCUAUCUCUUGCGCCCCGCGGACGUCAAUGUGGAGGAUGCGCUUCGUAUGUGCGGUGAAUCCGAGAUCGACGACGCGAGACUCGACUAUAUAGAAGGCAUGAUCAGUUAUACGAAACUAUGGACGUCCAUUUGGUCCGACUUCCUAGCACCCAACGCAAGUCUUUCCGGUAUAUGGUCAGAAGUGCAGGUCGCAGACGCCAGAGUGAUGAUCAACUAUCGAGAACUUCCACAGAGUCUGCUAUGGGAUACCGGCAAAGUCCAGGAAUAUAUGGAUAAUGGAGCUAGCGAAACAGACAUGCGUCAGAAACUACAAGCAUUCCUGACGCGAGUCUCGUCCGCACAAGGGGACGUUGAGCGGCAACGAUCAUGCUUUAGCAUCUGCAAAGACAUUGUUGCAGCUAUUGCCAGCUACAUGAAGCACUUUCUCUGCAUGCGACCGAUCGGGUAUUUCUUGACCUGCUCACUUGUCGAUUGCAUCUUCCAACUCAAACAGGAGCAGAUCGGCCAAUCGACUUGGCUCGACCAGACGGAAUUACAGAAGAUUUUCGGCGAAAUCACACACUUGCUCGAAACUCUGGCCCUGUCCGUGGGGUCCGCGCAACGGGCUCUCGCCGCAUUGCGUUGCGCACUCAUCAUGCCUCGCGAAGUAGACUGUGGGCUGGACUUGGAAGGCACUCCGAGCUUUCUGGAGCCUGUUCACAACGGGACACAUGUCACCUUCACUGAAAGAGACCAAGAUCUCCUAGACGGGUACUCUGAUGCAAGUAUCGGGGAAACUCUCAACUUUCUGGGUCUAAUUCCAAUGUGA